AUGGCAUCUGAACUCAUCCAAAGCGUCGCCGUGACCAACUCCACCGCAGAUCUCGUGACAACGAGCACUUCCGAAAUCGUUGAGUACUCGAUCCUCGCGUCAUGCUGGUGGUUCUGGUUCAUGCCAGCAUGCUAUCCGUACUACAUGGCCCUGUUUGAGUCGAUUUCGCCGUACUUGUGGAGCGUUAUGGGCGUCGUUCUUUCCAUUGGCGUCUCUGUGUUGGGUUCCGCGUGGGGAAUAUUCAUCACAGGCUCAUCCCUUCUCUCGGCGGCCAUCAAGCACCCUCGCAUUUCAAGCAAAAACCUUGUGUCCGUAAUUUUUGCAGAAGCCUGCGCCAUUUAUGGUGUCAUUAUGGCUAUCAUUCUACAGGCAAAGAUAGUCGAGUCGGAAACGGGUACCCCUUCCGCGUUUGCGGGAUACGCUCUGUUUGCCGCUGGCGCAACUGUGGGGUUAUCAAAUCUGUUCUGCGGUCUCAGCGUCGGUGUCGUCGGCUCGUCAUGCGCGCUUUCCGAUGCGCAAAACGGUGCUCUUUUUGUCAAGAUUCUAAUCGUGGAGAUUUUCGCCUCGGCUCUGGGUCUCUUUGGUGUCAUUGUUGGUAUCAUCAUGGCCUCAAAAGUCACUGUAUAG